UAGCCGUUGUGUGUCACACUUUGAGCGAAGUCAGCAUGAGUCAUCUGUUCAAUGUAGAUGAUAAGGCCGUAUUCGUUUUCGCUAUUUGCCUAUUUGCCCGUGUUAAUCUUUAUUGUGUGGUCGCAGUUUACAAGGUGUUGUUGAUGUCAUGAGUGUAUUGUUUGUGCCAGAUAUCUGAUUAUUUUCAAAGUUCAAUUAUUUGUGAUUUAAACGUCAUCGGAGGAUCUCUGGAUUCCCACAAUGACAGCUCAUAGAUCUCGUCUGCGCAAUGAAUGGUGAAGCCAGGUGUGGCGGCAAUCCUCUCUUAAAAUUAGUGCCCAGAAGAACCCUGGUAGCCAGACAUAAUGAUGACCUGAGUGCUGGACUUGACAGUCGCUGAAAUCUUGUGGCUUUAGCUAUCACCAUUAACAUGGGAAUUACUUUGUCUAAAAGCCCCCUUUCAUAAACCAAUCAACUGUGAUGGAUGAAGUGGAUUCCUCCACAAACUGGCUCUCCGCUGAUGAGGGCCAGGGCCGGACAAUAUGGCCUCGAAGCCAUACAACUUCCACCCUGUCAGCCUCGCUGUCACCUUCAUCUUCAGCGCCAUUAUUACCAGCAUCAUCAAUCUCACACACACCAUUCACCAUGCCGGCUCGACAACUUGAACAUAAGUUUGCUCCAAACUCGACAGUAACGCUGGAUUCAGGAUUUUUAAAGCAGCUAACUUACGGUUCGCGUAUACACACAAGAUCUCACAUUGAUACUCUGUCUGACUCUUCAAAACCAUGUGAACCACCGAGCUCCUGUCCUGAUACAGGCUACAGUGGCCUGACUGACUCUCUGUACCCUGGAUUUCCCCAUGACCACGGGCCAGUCAGCCUCCCUAGCCCCCUGCUGUCUCUCAGCUCCGACUCUGCAUCCCUUCUCGACUCCCUCUCCAGCUGCAGCACAUCAUUCUCUCUUGCGUCACAGGAUUCAGGAUUUGACGAAGUAGAUGCACGCUUUCCCAAUCCGUCAGGUUUAACCAAUUCUAUGGAUAGUGAGCAGAGCUCAGCAAUAUUAGGCAGGACUUAUACCAUCUCGGGGAAUUCUUCUUGGAACCUUCCAGUAAAAGUUACUGAUGACCAAUCAGCCAAUAUGCGACAAACCAUGGAUAAUUACCAAUCUUCAAAGGGAGGUCAUUCAGAGAGUAUUCAGUCUACAAAGGGAAGUCACUCUUUAGAAAGUCACUAUUCCACAAAGGGGGGCUACUCAGUCCAGAAUCCAGGCAGUUACAGGGAAAGGCGGAGUAGUGGUUCCUCAGACUGGGGUGGUUUUGACAGGAAACAGAAGUACAACGUCAUUAAACCAGCCGAGCUCUCAUUCCUGUUGAAAAAUGGCCUUGACAAGUACUUGCUGAUCGACUGCCGAUCUUUCCUGGAACACAACACAUCUCAUAUUCAACAGUCGUCAAACAUUUCAUGCACGAAGAUCUUGAAACGACGUCUUCAGUCGAAUAGGAUCUCAGUGCGAGACUUGUUAGUGCAGACAUGCCACGUGGAGGCUGACGACUUCUCUGAUGUCAUCGUUUACGAUCAGUGUAUAGAGAAUCCUGCGCGCCUCACCGAUGACAACUUCCUGUCCGUGCUUCUCGACAAACUGGCCGACUCCUUCGACUCUGCAGCUCUGCUGAAAGGCGGGUUUCUGGCGUUCCAGACAAUGUAUCCGUCGCUGUGUGAGAACAAGACCAGCAGCUACCGUUGCGCUGGGCUGACCUCUCUCUCCCAGCCGUGUCUGCCCGUCUCGAACGUGGGCCCCACCCGUAUCCUGCCCUUCCUGUAUCUCGGUUCCCAGCAAGACGCACUCUCCAAGGAUAUCACGCAGGUGAACGAGAUCACAUAUGUUUUAAACGUCAGCUCGAAUGGGUUGAAGCCGGACCAUAUUCCUGAUGGCCACUUCCUGCGCAUCCCCGUCAACGACAACUACAGCGCAAAGUUGAACCCGCACUUCGAACAAGCCUUCCAGUUCCUGGACAAAGUGCGGGAGGCAAAUGGAUGCUGCCUGGUCCACUGUCUGGCGGGAAUCUCCCGUUCCCCGACUCUCGCCAUCGCAUAUAUUAUGAAGCACCUCAAUAUGUCCUCUGAUGACGCCUACAGAUACGUGAAGGACAAAAGACCCACGAUAUCACCAAACUUCAAUUUCCUGGGACAGCUGUACGAGUUUGAGAAACAUCUGAAACGAGAGCGUGAACUAAACAACAAUGGCGCAGGGGAGAGCCCGGGAGAUCGGGCCUCUGACCCCUGGGUCAUGCCCUCCCCCACUUUCACCCCCAAUCCCCUCAAUGUCACAAGCAAGCGGGGCUUCUCCCUCUCAAGUGACUGUCUGAAAACUCAGGGCAUGUCUCAAAGUUGUAUUCCGGACAGAAAAGUGGUUCUUGAGAGACCCUCUGGAUUUUCUAUGAAGAAAUCGUCCUUUCAUUUAUCUUAUAAGAGUUCGAGUGAAAAUGAAAAAGAACUCAUUAGCUCCUCAGCUUCUCAAGCUGAUCGGAGGGAAGUCCACAAUCGACCUUGUGUUCUUAACUUAGGGCUGGACCUGCCCUCCCGACGCGUGCCUUUGUCUCUUAGUAAGGGGCGAGAAGGGACCAUUGCGCCCUCAAAAUCCCUCUCGGACAUAAAGGAAGCUUCAGAAACCCCCUCCCCUAUUGUAAACUCAAAAUCACAGGAAAAUGUGCAUACUACCUCAUUUAAACUGUACACAGAAUCAGAGAGUUCGAAAGAGCUCUUGUCUCCAUUUCCUUGUGGAGAGACAACCAUACCUACAAAGUCACCACUGGUCACUGAUGCUGACCGAGUACCAUAUUCAGGGACAAAAAACAAGUCUACAAACCUCUCAGAAUAUUCAAGUGUUGUGAAAAUUGAAAAAUCAAAACAUUGGACCUCAAAAAGUGCAACUACAUCCUCAUUAUCUAGUCAUUUGGAAUCAAAAUGUUCAUCAGAUUCCCAGAAAGUGCCGAAGACUACACGCCCCCUGUCUCUACAGAGCCCAGUGAGACCGGGAGGCAAGAGACCCAUAAGGAACUCAUUAACCCUCCCCCUUUCCCCGGUAUCAACGUCAGACCUGUCACAGGGGUCGGAAACCGAUUCCCCUGAGUCAGGUUCUUUCGGGAACUUUGAACCGUCUGCUUGUAAAAUUGAACGAAAGUUGUGUUCGGUGCCAAGUUCUCGGGAUUUACGACACAUAGGAAACAUUCCAUGUUUUGUGCAGUCUGUUGCUUCUGCCAGCACUGUGACUACAACCCAAACGGUGAAACUGAAGUCGUUCAGCUUGUCGGCCUCACUACCCCUUUCCCUGAUGGCUCAGUCCCCAACCACCUCACUGGCCAGGCUCCACUUCGAGAGUGCAGAAAACAGUGACAAUGAAUCUGAUAGUAACAAAAUGGACAUUGAACAAGAGGAUUGUACUCAAUCUUCAGAGCAUGGUCAUAAAAGAAUGAGUCGAAAAUCGUUAAACGACAGCUUGGAAAGACUUAGCAGUUUCCCAUCUACCUCUCUUGAUAAACUGAACUUCACACCAUGUUUGUCGAGCUCAAAUGAAAACCUAUUGUCCAGUAGUCCUUCCCCACGUACAUCAGGGGUCAAGCGACCUCUGAACAUGGACAUUGCAGAUAUAAAGGACUCUGAAGCCUCGUGUUCCUCAGCUGGUGGCAGCACUGCAUCGUCACCCACAUCCUCCUCUGGGCUGAAGACAUCUGUGAGAAAACGUGACGGGCGGGGCAAGCGCCCCUCGGUCCGACCAAAUAGUAUAGCUUUUUCAUCAUAUCCGACCUUUGACAUUGGCUCAGAAGGUCAGGAUUCGCCACAUUCAUCGUGUAGUUCAGCUUCUCAGGACGACACGUCGGACAUGUAUGCACAGAAUGGGAAAAAGUUGAAACCCUCCGAAUACAUGACUGAUGUACGAUUUAGACUAGGACGUUACUCGGAACGUGAAGUGUACAGACAAAUAACGGCUGCAAUGGAAGCUGCAAUGAUGAAGUCUCAAUCGUUUGAAGCCACUCGCAAGUCCCGUAGCCUCGAUGACAUUCUAAGCUCGGAAGAUGAUAGCUCCGCCCCAAAUUGUGAGUGGUCACAUUUUGACCGUGUGUUAAGACGUUGUCGUGAUAGAUUUGCCUCCCCUCCGCACUGCUUUGAGAAACUUGCAUGCUCUGGGGAAUUACAGGACUUGUAUAACUCAAAUAGUAGCCUGUCUUCUGCCGGCAGUCAUUCCUCGCUACAUAGUAGCAUCGAAUUCAUUCAAGUCUCGUGACACCGGCCUAUCUGCAGCAGCAGAUAACUGUAUAUACAUGUAGCUUAGAUUAAAUUUUAUCAUUUGCUGGUCAGCAAAACUGAUAAAGACUUGUAAAUUUAUACCUGGUACUGGGUAUAUUAUGCAUUCUAAAUUUUAGAGAAUAGUCGUUUUUAUUAAAGGCUUAUUUUUGAGAAAUUUAAAAAAAAAAAUCUACAAUUUUUUUGCGUAUUAAUUUUUGACAUAAUCCAUAGAUGGAUAAUGGGUUUAUGUGCUUAUUUAACUAUAGAAAAUGCUUUCUUGUAACUCUGACUUUAAUUUCAAUGUCUAAGAUAGUUUAGACAGUAUAUAGAAAAAAACAGGCUGCUAUUUCAGUAGUUCAUUGUUGUCUUUUUUGAAUGUUGUCAUUUAUUUGUGUUUGUUUUAUUUAUUUUAUCAUUGUUUAUCUGUAUUUUCAUUUAUUAUCAUUGUGUUUUCUUUUGUUUUGAAAAAGAAGUAAUUUGAUAGUUUUUUGAUAAUUUAAAAAGAAUGGUCAAUUUUCUAUACAUAUCCAGAAAAAUGUUUCAUUUAAAAUGGUAAAGAAAUAGUAAAGUUAUCUUUGUUUAAAGACUUCAUUGGAAGCAAAAUAUUGCUUUCCGACGUAGCAUUUAUGACAUAAUUAAUCACGUGAUAUACUCACACUGAUACAGAAGGUUUAUAUAUUCAAUAAAAGGUCAUACGUAAAAAAAAUUAAUAAGUUUGAACAGAAUUGUCUACUUUUUUUAUACUUUCUAUAAAUAUCCAUAAAAAAACACACACAACAUUUGUGACCAUACCACUUAGAAUGGUUUAAUUGAAACUUGAACAAAAAACAACAUUCAGUAUAUUUGCUAAUACUCUAAUCUAUCAAUCACAACUCUGAGUAGUUGUUUGUAUAAGAUGUCAUUACCAUCAAUACAAGUUCCUGUUCCGUUGUAACAUGAACUGAAAAUAGAAAUAAAUUGAUUUUUUUCUUUUUUACCUUGUCACCAUUCAUUCGGCUGUCACUUUAAUUAAAUUGGUAAUCGUUUACCUUAAUUAAGUUGUUCACUUUUGUUUCAUAAGAAACUUUGUGUUAUAGUUAUCAGUGCUCCAGCUAGGCCUAAAUAGCAGGGUGGGGCACCCUGCUGCCCUUUUCCAGCACCUUGCUGCCCUUAACUACACCCUGCUGUGCCCUUUUGUUUGACAAGAGUCAGUUUUAAGAAAUAAGUAUGAAAAUAAUAAAUAGAAAUAGUUUUGACACUAAAUUAAAGAAAACAGUUAAGGAGUAAGGUAUUCAUAACUAACUAUUAGGAUUGAAAGUAAUUACAACAAAUACACAAUUCAACAUUGGCCCUUGCAAGUGCCUGAUCAAGGCUCAUUGAAAAUGCCCUUUUUAACCUAGCACCCUGCCCUUUUCAAAUCCUGGCUGGAGCACUGGUUAUAGUCAAGCUUUCUUGUUCAACAAAUAUUCAAUUUCUGUUAUUUCCUUAUUAUUUUAUUAUCAAAUUUUCAAAAGUGGGUAAAACAUAGCAGAUGAAAACUUAAAAUUGAUUUGUUCAAUGUUCCACAACUUGCAAUAACAUGGUUAGCUGAGUGUUUAGAACUUUGUUCAAGUUAAGAACGUUGUUAACUUCAUCAUUGUUAACUUCAUCAUUGUUAACUUCAUCGUUGUUAACUUUCAAAUUGUUACUGCGCUGAAAAAUUAAUGGAAACAGUUAUGAUCUGCAGUGUUCCUAACAAGAUUUGAGACAACUGCUUCAGCUGUACCUGUUUUAUCUUGAUACAUUAGCACUUCACGAAAUAGUUAACAUUUACAAGUUAACACCGAUGUCGUUAACCAUGUUCCUAACAAGAUUUAAGACACCUGUUUCAGAUGUAAUUGUUUUAUUUAACUAUAUAAGCACAUCAUGAAAUAGUUUAUAUUUAAAAGUUAACAAAUAUGUUGUUAAUCACGUUGUUAACUACAGUGAAAUUCUGAACAAUCGGCCUGGUUUAUUUUCUGUUGCACGGUCUUUUAAGUGUGCCAUUUUACGCAUGUAGUUAAGUUUUUGUAUCUCGAAGCUUUUUUUGUGGAAAAAGAGCUUUUUUUCUAAUGCUUUCUCCAUUUUAAGUUUGUAAUUUUCAAACACAUUUUUGUUGUUGUUGUUUUUUUUUUAAGAAGGAAAAUUGACAUAGUGUCAUCACAGUGUUGUUGUCGUUGGUAGUGAGUCUUGCAUAAACCAUAGACUGAAAAUAUUCGGAUGAAACAUGGUACACUUGACAGUAGACAACAGACAUAGCAAGUUUCAUCACACUAGUUAAUGUAUAAUUAUCCCAUUUGUUUGACCCUGAAAAACUGACAAGUUUUAGCAUCGCGUGUGAUGAUGUUAUUCCAUUGGUAAUGAAAAAAUUUAAUUAAAUUCUUGUUGUUUAUCCUGGACAAGUUUUGUUCAUAUAAUUUAUUUGUCAUUUGUUCUCAGAUUUAUAAUUUUCUUUAUUUUGACAUUUAUGUACCAGAAUUCUUUUAAGUAUCUCCGAUCUCAAUAGAUUUAUGUGCUAUUUUCUUAACAACACUCAAAAUCCAUCAAUAUAUUACAGUAGAUUGGUUAAAUUUCACAAGAGUUUGAUAAUUGGGAUCUAUAGCGUGGGGUGGCAACUUAAAAAUCAAUCAAAAUAUUAAAUCACAAACUUUUUCCUAAGAUUUGAUCAUGAUCAAAGAAUUUCAGGCUUCGGGAAAAUUUCAGACAUCAGGAAAACAUGGCCUUAACCAAGAAAUCCCAUUUAACACCAUAAAAAUUGAUUCUGGGCAAUUAAAACAAUUUUCAAUAUUAAAGUACCAAAAUCAGCUCUCAAUGUUUGCAUGUUACCAUUUCUGCUUUGUAAUAUUUCCCUGCAAAGUUGAUUAAUGAUUAAGUUUGUACUAAUAUAGAAGAGAGUGAUAUAGAUGAUCUUUACUUCUUAAAUUUUAACAGCGCUUGAUUAAUUUUUGAUGGUACGAUAAAUUUCAAUUUUAAAAUUCAAUAAAAAAACAUUUUAUUUGAUUGUUAGGAAUUCUGUCAAAAUUUCUCAAACAAUUCUCGAAAAUAAAGUUUUUCUUUUGAUCGUUAAAAUUCUGUUUAAAUUUCACAAUCAAUUUUGCAAUAUUAGUUUGUUCUUGCUAACUUUCUUAGAAAAAAAUAAAUCCUGUGCUGUUGAAAAAUGGUAAUUUUAGGUUGACAUUUCCCAUAUGUAUUGUUGUUAGUUUGUGGUUUCAUUGCUUUCUGUUGGCUUUAUCAUUGUCAUUAAAACUUGUUUAUGAUUGGA